UUAUUAUUGUUAAUAAACCCUGCUUAGUUUGGAGGUGCUUUGUGGAUCAUCUCUCCUUCCAUCAUGUCCACUGGCUCCCCACAGCUAGCCGUCGAUCCACCCACUGGGUCUCAGCAGCCCGCCGCCCAUCUGUUCACUGUCUCCAGCUUCACAAAGCAAAAGUGGAGGAAGCAGACUGAACCUGCCCUGGAGCCCAUCUCACAGAACCCAGUUCAGCCCGAGGCCUGCCUAGUUCUGCAGGUACCUCUUUGCUCUCCGGCUCCAGCCCUGCAGUCCCCUCAUCCUCCUCCUGCCCUGCAGUCUCCACAAUGCCUUCCGGCCUCCCCAACGCUGUGGGCCCCUUGGUGCCUUCCAGCCCUCCGGGGCACAUGGUCCACCUCACCUGGGAAGGGACCCUCAUGUCCUCCUGUUGAUCACACCCAGCUGCCUCCUGUCUGUUCCUUCGUUCCUUCAGUAUUUAAGUGCUUCCCAGUCUACUGAUGCCCAGCUCCAUCACUGAAGUCAUGGUGUCCUGUUGUCUACGGGCUAGCCUCCCUUUUUGAUCCCCUGCGACCCCAUUUUGUUUUCAAUUCAGUUCACUCACGCUUUCAGACUCACGCAGGAAACCUUACGGCAAAUCUAUAUUAUUCCAUUAUAAACCUAGAAUUAGUUAUAGCAAACGUGUAUUUACACUGUUAAAUACAGAAGCAGACUAUUUACAAGGUAAGAACUGUUACAUAUGUGUGUAGACAUCUCGAAUUGAAAAUCUCACUCCAGCCAGCU